CAGAGCAGUAGCGCAUAAACGAAGAGACAGCGAGACAAACAAUGAUAAAGUUGUUAAUGAAAGCAUUAUGAUACUCACUUGGACUGCCGGAACCGUCAGGCUCGCGGUUAUACUUGCUCCAGGGCUCGGCGGCAUCGUCUUCGAAGCGCUGGUAACUGUCCCGUGCAGUGGAGGCCGGUUCGUGAUCGUCUCCACGGGCAGUCUGCAUUUGUGCGGCAACGACGUCCUCCUCCUGAUCGUCGUCUCUUUGACUUGGCCACCAGUGCGCGAGAUGUUAUCCGCAGCGCGGCUCACGCCGAAUAAGUACGCGAAUACGUCUGCUCUGCGUAGUGUGUAUACACGAGCAGUAAGUAUAUAUACAACUGCGCGAGCCGAGCGCGACGCGACCGUCCUAACAGGUGCCUGCUGACAGCUCAGCUGACAGCUACUAUAUAUAGUAUAUGCGAGAUCGCGAAGAGAAACGCCUUAUGUAAAUGUAGAGGGUGGUGUAGGCGUGUAGUAUACCUAAUAUAGGUAUGAUAUAUAUAGUUGCAGCAGAAUAUAUUAUACCUAUUAUGAUGAAAUAAAUGAUAUAAAUUAUAUAAAUGAACCAGCAAAUAAAUCAAACAAUGAGAUUGUUAUUGGUACAGGAUUAUAAACUACGAAAUGAGAACGUAAUGUAGAGUUUUUUGUGUGUGCAUAUGGCGGCACCUGAUAAUAUAAAUUAAUGUUCAUGGUUCUGGUUCAUGUAUUAGAUUAGAUAAAAUAACUAACCAUAAUAGUAAAAAUAAAAUGUGAGAAAAUUUAUUAGACCGAUGUAAGUUUCCAUAGCAUAAUUUGUAUGGACUUUGAAGUUUCGGACGUUCAGAGACGUUUAUUAGAUUUUAUUACAGUAUAUCUUGCAUUCUUAAUUUUGUUGCAUUUUUUUUUUACUUUGGGCUUUGUUUUUCUAUAUACUAAUAUGUUUUGUAAGUUUAUAUACGUAAGGUAAUAACUAUGUUCAUCUGCAACGAGUUGCGUGUUUGCGCUUAAUUCUCAAAUUAAUUCCUCAAAUUUUAAGCAUAAGAUAAAUAAAGCAUAUUUUUGAAAAGUUUUGAUUCGAUAAUUAUCUUACGAGAUGACUUUAAGAUGAUACUUGGAAGAUACUAAUAAGAUACAGCCAAAGGAUUGUUCCAUUGGGAGUUUGCGGGCAUGCAAUCAGUGCAGCAUCAAUUGUAAUGAUGAUCAAGCGAGUUGACAUUGAAAACUAACGCAUACACAGUGUCGGCAAAGAAAUCGUCUAACCUCAAAUGUUCUGUUCAUAAUUUUGUUUUCAAAGGCAAAAUAAAUUAGAAAAAUGAGCAAAUACGUUAAUCUGGCAAAUGUAGCAAGUAAUUAUGCAAAUCGCAUGAAUCGAUUGAGGAACAGAAUAUUCACAGAAGUGGUCAGACCCACUAAUCAAAAGUCAAUGAAAGUUGUAAAGCUUUUCAGUGAUAAGCCUGUUGACAAAAAUCCAGAUAUCGUGCAGUACUAUCCGAGGCUCAGAGAAACGCAUCUUUUGAUGAAAAAUCUUCGCUGGUACGGUCUAUUCCGAGACGAACAUCAAGAUUUCAAAGAAGAGAUGCAAAGGUUAAGAGCCCUCAGAGGUAAACCAGUUUGGAAGAAGGGUCAAAGCAAAAAGGAAAACGUUAAAACGUUAAAAUAAGUAGUUCACUAUGCGUUAUAUUUUAUGGAAUUCAAUAUUUAUUAAAAAACGUUGUUAUAAAACAAAAUAAAAUACAAUAUAAAAUGCA